GUUAAGACAGACACUCUCCAGACUGGGUGUUUGGACUUCAGUUACAGUUCCAGUUUUAGCUUCAGGAGCACUACCCACUCUUAGCUGUACUUGUCAUCGGUAUGUUGGCACUAAAGCAGGCAAAGCAAAGUUCGCUAUGGACGUGGUGGAGUUUGACCCAAGUGAAAUCAAAGCUAAGAUUCCACCCCAAGAACCCUACACGGAAAGAGAAGCCGCUACAAGAUCAGAUUCUAAGUACGACCGAGUAAAUCCUCACUUAUUCGUAAAGCACAGAGAAAGUUUGGAUCCGAGGCGCUACACGGCCGAUGUCGAACAACUGGAAAAGUCUGCCCUGAGGCCGGAGAUAGACCCAGCAGGGGAGCGGUAUGUAAGCAGGCUGGUACUCUCCAUGAAGGCCAGCUGUUACAGUACGCUGAGAAGUUACUUUAUAUACUCUCACUUCACUGCUGAGUGUCUUGAUAUCCAGUCUACCAUGGAACCUGGCAAACUUGUCACAGGAGUGUACACAGUGAACAAGUCGCCAGUAGUACACGGUAAACACAAGGACCGGUUUAAAAGAGACCUGUGGAACCGGAAACUGAUCCUACACGAUAUCUCCGGUACUACUGCUGAUGUGUAUCUUAGUUACGUUCAGAGGAACAUACCCGCAGGUGUCACCAUGGCAAUAACAGAAGAACGGUUAACAGAAAUACCCCUGGAGUUUGUCAAAAGUUUCUACUCUGAAACAAACGACCAAGUUAAACAGGAAGUCGGAAAUGAGUUUGACAGCUUAAGAAGUUUGGUCAAUGACGAUGGUUUCGAAGAACCCGGCUAAGAUCAUCAAUCGUCCCAAAUUGCGAAAAGAAUGUCUUGGUGAUGGUGCGAUGUGUCAAUGAUAUAAACCCUUAUGACUUCAGAAUUUGCAGAUGUUCGAAAUGACGAUGUUACGAAACCUAACCAAGCGAAUGUGUCCCCUCACCCUGUCUCACUCCCGCUCCCUCUCCGAUAGAACCGAGAUAGCAUACGAGACAAACUUUGAUGCACCCUCACUCCGCUUAGCACUCCACUUCCACAUCUCCGGUCAUGACGACACCGCACUGGAGCGGUUCAUAAAGCACACCUCCACCUACUGCAAACAGGUGGGGUACAAUGUGGACGGCAGGGUGGCUCUCCCCACCACUGUUCAGAAAAUAGCAAUCAAGAAACCGCCCAACAAGUUCUCCAGGCGACUAGACGAGACUAUCUACCUGAAAACACACCGUCGGAUUAUCCGGAUUAGUAAUGUUCCGGGAACGGAGGUGGAUAUUGUUCUGGAUACUGUUAACAGGACGAUACCUCCGGGAGCGAAGAUGACGGUUCAUGACGACAAGACUGAGCCGCUGUCAGAGGAGUUGUUGAGGUUGCUGAAAGGGGGGCAGAAAAUGCAGAAUGUUAAUAAAUUUACAGGUGUAAAUCCUGUUUUACAUAGAUGGAUUAAUGUUAACUUUGAAUCCAAAAUAAAUGACCCGGUUGACUGAAUAAUGUCCUGUUCAAGGUCGUGAGAUUGUACAAUCGAAUCUGUUUAUGUUUGAAAGUGUGAAGAUGUUGGGCUGUCCUGGGUACUUCUUCUGUGACCCUCCAGUAUCCUGAAUUGAACUCUGUUUAUUCUUGGCCACCCUGUAUAUUUAAUUAGCGAUCCUAAUGAUUUCGCUGUUUGUAAAUUAUUACUCUUUGUAUUUUGAUGUUAUUUACUGA